AUGGCGCUGCAAUCCAAUGUGGAAGACUGUGUAAUGAGCCAUUGUACAAUACCGGAAGCACUGGUCACCAAAAAUGUCACACAAACGACCUGUGGAGCAGCACCAAGGGAGGCGAGAGUCGACUACCUAGAAAUGUCUGUAAUAUUAAUGGUUUUCGCCACCAUUUCGGUAUGGAGCCGAUUGAUAUACAAAUUCUUCUAUACUACCACUGGUCUGCGCGCCGACGACUGGUUUAUACUCGCCACAUGGGUUGCCUGUAUUCCCUCGGCCGUGGUCAACCAUGUCUUUCUCAUGGCCAACGGCCUGGGCCGGGAUAUAUGGACUCUAGCUCCAGACACCUUGACACGUUUUGCCAUUGGGUUCUGGCUCAUGGAGCUCCUCUACUUUUUUGAGUCCUUUAUGCUCAAGCUAUCCAUGAUUGCAUUCUACCUGACCAUCUUUCCGGGGAGAAAUGUGCGACGCAUACUGCUCCUGACGGGACUGUUUGACCUCCUCUAUGGCAUCACCUUUGUCCUGGUCCCAUUUGGUCAAUGCGUACCGCUUUCUCACUUUUGGAAUCAAUUCCAAGGCAGCCAAGGAACGUGCAUCGAUUUCAAUGCCUUGGCCUGGGCAAACGGGUCCAUAAGCAUCGCCAUCGAUCUCUGGCUCAUCACUAUACCAAUCUACCAGCUCCGGAAGCUACAGCUGAGCAAAUGGAAGAAGAUAGGAGUCGGCGCCAUGUUUGUUGUCGGAUCAUUUGUAACCGUCAUUAGUGUCAUUCGACUGGUAUUUCUCGUGCUCAUGAAGGGCUCCAUCAACUUGACGUGGGACUACUUUAACGUCUGUUUCUGGUCGACGCUCGAGAUCAUGAUUGGCAUCAUGUGCACGUGCAUGCCGACUUUGCGCCUGAUACUGGUCCGAGUCACGCGCCGGGUCAGCAGUACGAUCAAGGAUAACUCGUACUACAUGAGCCGAAGAAAGUCAUAUGCUACCAAGGAGUCGUCGACCGAGAUGAGUGCGACUGUGGUAGAGUCGAAAAGGGAUAAUGAGGAAGGAUUGAGUAUCCAUGGCUCAGAUAAAGAUUUGACCAGGGGAACGAUAUAG